AGAGGAUACUUCCUGAAAAUGUAAACAAAAGUGACGUGCAGGAGAGUUGAUAAAUGUUUCAGGGAGUUUGGUCAAAUAGUUGUUUGUUUCCAUUAGUUAGUAUAUGUAUGAUACCUGAGUGAUUUUACAAUCGGUAUUAUCCUGUCGCUGUUCCUAUGUUUUCCUAAGGUCUGUAUCGCCAGCUAGCUUGCUAACUGUUUACUUAUCCACUAGCUACUAGCUCGCUGUCUUAACUAGCUAGAAGAUGGCUUAACCUAGAGACAGAUACUAACAUGCCCUCCCAACAUUGUUCUGCCAAGAAUGUAGUCGACACAGGAAACUAAGAAUUCUCCUGCUAUAGUCGUCUGGGUUUUCAAGCGUGGAGCACUAGGAGACAUUGCAUUGUGAUGGGUUCUACUCUGUGGUGGAUGAAAUGGAGGCUAAAGGGACCGACGAGGUGGAGAAAUUAAAGUCGAGGUUCAUGUCAGCAUGGCACAGUGUGAAGUACAGUUGGGUGUUGAAAACAAAAACUUCAUUUAGUCGCAAUUCUCCGGUAUUCCUGCUGGGGAAAUGUUAUCAUUUUAAGGCAGAAGAUGAUGUAAGCCCUACAGAAACCUGUAGCACUGAUGCGAUGGAUGGUGACUCUGUCUUGGGCAAUGUCGAUGGAUUUCGAAGUGACUUUGCCUCCAGAGUGUGGCUAACCUACCGGGAGGAGCUUGCCCCCCUGCCAGGCUCAACUCUUACUUCAGACUGUGGUUGGGGCUGUACUCUCAGGGCAGGACAGAUGAUGCUGGCUCAAGCACUUUUACUUCAUUUCUUAGGGAGAGAGUGGAUUUGGCCCGGGGCAUUGAGACUAGAGCCUAUGGAUACAGAGACAAGGACCAGCAGCGCAGCACGGCGACUGGUGGCCUCACUCGAGUCUUCGUUCCAGGGAGAGAGGCCAAGGGCCAGCCAGCCCCUCUACCAGUGUCCGGGUGGGGCAGAGGAGGCAGAUGCCCACCUGAAAGAGGUGUACCACCGCACUAUUGUGACCUGGUUUGGAGACACACCAUCUGCCCAGCUGGGAGUCCACAGGCUGGUACAUCUGGGCAUGACUUCAGGAAAAAGAGUGGGCGAUUGGUACGGACCUGCAGUAGUGGCACACAUCCUCAGGAAAGCUGUGGAGGAGGCAACAGACCCGGGCCUACGAGGCGUGAACGUUUAUGUGGCACAGGACUGCACAGUGUACAGUGCUGACGUUGUUGAGAAGCACUCAGCACGGGCAGACGCGCUCCGGGGCCCUGAGGGGUCUCCUGCUGACAGCACGGCAGUCAUCAUCCUCAUCCCUAUCAGACUGGGUGGAGAGAAGAUUAACCCCGACUACUUCAACUUUGUCAAGGGCAUUUUAAGUCUGGAGUACUGUAUUGGUAUCAUCGGAGGUAAACCCAAACAGGCCUACUACUUUGUUGGAUUUCAAGAUGACAGCUUGAUUUACAUGGAUCCUCAUUACUGUCAGUCUUUUGUGGACGUCAGCAAAAGUGAUUUUCCUCUGCAGUCAUAUCACUGCCCGUCACCAAAGAAGAUGCCCUUCAUCAAAAUGGACCCCAGCUGCACUAUUGGGUUCUACUCAAGAAGUGUUCAAGACUAUGAAAGAAUCAGCAAUGAACUGUCCAAAGUGCUGCAGCCGUCACCGAAAGAGAAGUACCCAGCGUUCACCUUCAUGAAAGGACAUGGCAGAGAUUAUGAACUGUCUGUGCCUGUGGAGAAGAGAGAGUGGCCCUUCAUCCAAAGCACGCAGAAAGCAGGGGCCAGUGCAGGGGACUUUGUGCUGCUGUGAGUUAGGGCCAGGAACCUUUACAGAGUGAGAAUGCUGUUUGGGAUGUGGUGUUUGUUUUCAACACACUGAUUUUAAAGACUGUCCGUGGGGAAUGUCAGAGAAAUAUUACCCAUUCUGUGGUUAUGUUGCUUUUUGCCUAGUGCACUCCAUAUCACAAAGACCAGGCAAGACAAACCACUCCUAAGUAGCACUCCAAGACUGACAUAUUCUAUGAAUAUGAACCCUGGUUUCAAAUCAAAACACUUAUUUUGGCUUGCAUAGAUGUUCCCAUUCAAAAUAUAUGCAUUUCCUAUGUAUCAAAGACAUUUUCAAGGCUUUGUUAUGAUGCCAUCCAAUGAUCACGUGUGUAACAAGCUUCCAGUACCUAUGUUACUGUUUAAAAAAUGAGAUAAAACUAUCUGUUUUUCUGGAAGAGAAAAGGCUUGGCUGAAAGUGAUCAGCUUGUCAUUGUACAGAUUUACAACACAGAGCACUAUGUGCUCUGACUGAAGAGAAGUGAAAAAGUGUGUACUUGUAGGCUUGUAAAAUCUACACAGCCUUUAAAGAUAUGUAAAAGUGUCUUUUGCUAGCAUGCAGUAUGAAAUGCUAACACAAAAGUUUUCAAACUCUUCAGUGCGUCUUGAUGUGUUAUGGAGAUACGAGGAAAAUGUAGCAUUCUUACACAUAGAUAUAAACCCACACACACACACACACACACACACACACACACACACACUGUAGAAUGGUGAGUAAGAGUGUUCCUUGUAUCAUAAUGAAUCUAUAAUGUGUAUGUUUAAUUACUGGGGGUUUUUCUGGCUUUAAAUUUAACCUCACUGGGUUCAGUAUACCUAAAAAUUGUGGGUCAUCAUUUGAUAUCAGUGCUGCUAAAACCAUGACGUGAGACUUGAUCCCCAUAAAUCAGUGCCGUAGCAGAAAGAUUGAUGGUCAGUGAAGGUUUUAUCCAGUUGUCUUGCCUAUAGGCAUGUUUAAUUAUGUCAUAGUCUCAAGUUCUCUAGCUUUUGUAUUGCUUUAGAACCCCUAAAAACUUUUAGUUGCAACAAUUAAAAAAAAAUGGUGAACUUAAAA